UGGAGCAUAGUUGAACGAGGCAGCAGCAGAAGCUGAAAACAUAUUUCAUAUUUUUCUUCAUGUGCAAUCAUCUCUGCAUUUUCAGCAAACUAACAGCAGCUGAGGAACUGAUGCUAGAGCGCAGUGUCUUUAUGUGUAAGGUAUCUGAGAUACAUAUCCUCAAGUGUCAUCAAGUGGAUCGAAGAGUCUUGGUCCCAGCAGCAACAUUAUUUCCCAGGAGCACCAGUGGAUACACAGAGAUCUUCAGUCAAGGCUCAGACUCAACACAAAUCGAGUGAUGGAUGUGCUUUGAAACUGUGUCCAUAUGUUUGACGGUGGCAGAUUGAGCACAGGGAUGUGACUGGAUCAGUAAAGAUGACCCUGUUGGCGGGUGAUGGCUCCGACUACGACUACAGCGCCCUGAGCUGUGCCUCUGAUUCCUCCCUCAACCGACCACCCCUACAAGAGGAGGAAGCUCGAAAGGGGGCCUUCUACAAUAGGGCGCAGCGUGCCCCAGAGCUCGGCUCCAUCCACGAGGACACACAACUGUCCAGCGCCAGAAAACUCCACGCCAUCAUCAAUGUGGGUGGCCUGCGUUACCAGCUGCCCUGGACCACCUUGGAGGACUUCCCACUGUCUCGUCUUGGCCAGCUGCACCUCUGCAGCAGCUUUGACGAGAUCAUGCGUAUCUGUGACGACUACGACGUUGCACACAAUGAGUUCUUCUUCGACCGCAGCCCCUGUGCCUUCCGUACCAUCCUGACCUUCCUGCGGGCGGGUAAGCUGCGCUCCCUCAGGGAGAUGUGCGCCCUUUCCUUCAGGGAGGAGUUGCUCUACUGGGGGGUACCUGAGGAGAGCCUGGAGUGGUGCUGUCGUCGUCGUCUGCUGCAGCGCGUGGAGGAGUUUGAAGCGAUGGAGAGAGCGGAGGAGGAGGAGGAGCUCCUGGAGGAUCUGUUGGAUUCAGACAGUGGACACAGGGAGCAUCCAGCUGAGUCCAGACUCAAUCGGUACAUGGGCAAGCUCAGAGACAUGGUAGAGAGGCCUCACUCGGGCCUGCCGGGGAAGAUCUUUGCUUGUUUGUCAGUGCUGUUUGUCACCAUCACUGCCGUCAACCUCUCCAUCAGCACCAUGCCUGCCAUGAGGGAAGAGGAGGAGGCGGGCACAUGUUCCCGGAUGUGCUACAACAUCUUCAUAGUGGAGACGGUGUGUGUAGCCUGGUUCUCCCUGGAGUUCACACUGCGCUUCAUUCAGGACCGCAGCAAGCUGGCCUUCCUCCGGCAGCCCCUGAACCUGAUCGACGUGGUGGCCAUCCUGCCGUACUACAUCACGCUGGUGGUGGACAGCACCUCCAAAGGAGAGAAGCGGCCGGGCUCUGGCAGCAGCUACUUGGACAAAGUGGGUUUGGUUCUGCGCAUCCUGAGAGCUCUACGUAUCCUCUAUGUGAUGCGGCUUGCUCGCCAUUCGCUGGGCCUGCAGACUCUGGGCCUGACAGCACGCCGCUGCACGCGAGAGUUCGGACUGCUCCUCCUCUUCUUGUGUGUAGCCAUCGCGCUGUAUUCCCCCUUGCUGUAUUUGAUUGAGAAUGAAAUGGCUGCUACACAGGAGUUCACCAGCAUCCCUGCUACCUACUGGUGGGCUGUUAUCACCAUGACCACAGUGGGCUACGGGGACAUGGUGCCAAGGAGCAUCCCGGGCCAGGUGGUGGCUCUGAGCAGCAUCCUGAGCGGGAUCCUCCUCAUGGCCUUCCCUGUCACCUCCAUCUUCCACACCUUCUCACGAUCCUACUUGGAGCUGAAGCAGGAGCAGCAGAGGCUGCUGCAGAGGAGGACGCACUUCCUGCUGCGCAGCCGCAUGGCCGGCCUGGGCAGCAACCUCUCCUUAGACAGUGACAUGCUCUUCCCUAUAGGGUCGUCUGACAUCAGAGACAUGGACGACUGAAACUGUUGGGCGGGGAAGGACAUAAAAAAUGGGGAAAAAGAGAAGACGAGAGGUACAAAAGAGAUUGUAUGUGUAAAAAGAGACUGACAGAGAGUACAGGGGGGAGGAGGAAGGAAUAGAGAGAGAUAAGUUUCCAUAAACAUGAUACAGAGAAGAAAAGGGAUUAUUUUUUCUUCCCAGAAAUGCAGCCAUGCUGUGUAGCAGUGUACUUUUGGAUAAACAUGAAGAACACAUAGAGAGAAGUAUACGUAUUAAGUAUUAAAUAAGUGUUUCCAUCAAAAAAUUAUCUCCUAAACUGUGGUCACAGAAUAUCUAAUAGUCCAAUUAUUACAGAAAAAACAACAACACAAUAAACCUUAAAGCAUUCGAGCAUAACAUUAUCUAGUAUAACACUCGUGAUAUUUUGAAAUAAAUUGUAAUUCAUACACAUAAAUAACUGAAGAGCAUGGCGUUCUUACGAUCCAACAACAUAGUGUUUUUCACCUCUGACCCCUCCAGCAUUUUAAUUAAUUUAUUGAUGUUGUGAGCUCAUGGGAGUAAACCAGUGUCACUUAAUGGAAGAUGCUGUCUGCUUUUGUUAAGUCCAAAAGGUUAAAUGCUAAAAUGUGACCGUGACUUCACUGAUUAUUUCCUGAGUGACUGUGCACAUUCCUUGAGAAUGACGUUCCUUGAUAUUUCUCCCCCUCUGGCACUGCAAGGCAUCCACAUAUUAAUUAUGAUGUAUUAAAUAUCCUUCUUCUUACUCCUUGAGGUUCCAUAUGCAAUUUUUGAAUACUUUUGGACAUUAAAGAUAGCAUUAUUGUACUUGUAAUAUCACAGUUGCUGUCCAUAGCUGUUUAUAAUUAUUAUUUUUCUUCUUAAAGUGGAUUUAAACUGAAAUCUGUCUGUUUCAUUGUCACU